AUGGCAUGUAGGACCUUCCACCAACGCAGCCCGUCUACUUGUGGUGCCCGGCUCGGCAGGCUCCUGCACAAACUCUUGGCCAUGCUCUCCCUUUUCACCCUCUCGCUUUUCUGCUUCUACCUGCUGGCAGGCUGUUGUGACUCCAUCCCGCUGGAGCCCGGCUUGAGCCGGCAGGGGCGGCCGAGGAGGACGGUCACGGCGCAGCCGGCGGACGAGGAGCCCUCGUCCGGAUCGUAUACGCCGGUAGCCGUGGACGGCGCCGAGCCUCAGCAGGGCAGCGGGGCACCCGAGGCGGGACGUGUGGCGGCGGCGGCGGUCCGACCGCUCAACGGCACGGCGAGGGCGGGCGGCCGCUGGUGGUGCGCUCUCCGGCGGCUGCCCGAGGCUCUCAUCAUCGGCGUGAAGAAGGGAGGCACCCGCGCCUUGCUCGAGUUCAUGCGGCUGCACCCGGCCGUCAGGGCGCUGGGCGCCGAGCCGCACUUCUUCGACAGGCACUACGCCAAGGGGCUGCAGUGGUACAGGAAUCUGAUGCCCAAAGCACUUGAUGGUCAGAUUGUGAUGGAGAAAACGCCCAGAUACUUUGUGACAGCAGAGGCACCAGCCCGCAUUCAUGCCAUGUCCAAGGACACCAAGCUGAUCGUGGUUGUGCGGGACCCAGUGACCAGAGCCAUCUCAGACUAUACCCAGAUCAUCUCAAAAGCAGCGGACAUCCCUGGCUUUGAAACUCUCACUUUCAAAAACAGGACUACGGGUCUGGUUGAUGCAUCAUGGAGCCCAAUAUGGAUUGGGAUCUACGCUCAGCACUUAGAGAACUGGCUGCAGUAUUUCCCCUUGUCGCAGAUGCACUUUGUCAGUGGGGAGAGGCUGAUCACUGACCCAGCUGGAGAGCUGGGUAAAGUCCAGGACUUCCUUGGCCUGCAGAGGCUUAUAACAGAUGACCACUUCUUCUUCAAUGAGACCAAGGGCUUCCCCUGCCUGAAGAAGCCACAGGGCAAUGGCAAACCUCACUGCCUGGGCAAAACAAAAGGCAGGAUCCAUCCGAACAUUGAUCCAGGAGUGGUCCAGAAACUGCGGGACUUCUACCGCCCCUUUAACAGGCAUUUCUAUCAAAUGACUGGGCAAAACUUUGGCUGGGAGUGA